AUGGCUCAUAAGGCCACUGCGUCGAUGAAGUACAGCGGAUAUAAAUGUAAUUACCUUUCUAAUACGACAGAGAACACGAGGAAGUGUAAUAAGAGCAGGUUAACUCAAAAUUCUUUUAAAUAAACAAAAAAUUACUUAAUUGCGUCUAUCAUUUUGUGGACCCCAAAAAAGUCUAAAAAUGUCAUAUCUCAGUCAAGGCAAAAUUUUGUUCCAAAAUCGCUACGGGACAUGAAUUCUCGUUUAAUUUGCCACAUUUCAUCUGUUGAACAUAAUUCGAUAUCAUUUAGUACAAGGAAGAUAAUCGCUAAAAACAGGGUGCGUCUAUCAUUUCGUGGAGCAGUGUAGAAUGUGCGGGAGAAUUGGGGUGCGUAAACAAAAGGACGAAUGCGGGAUUUUGAGGGAUUUCCGGGGACUCGAGAUUUAUGCAGUCCAUUCUCUUGUAUUAUAUUGGACAGAGUUAUUGGGGAUACGAAAAGGCAAAUUCGUUUGAUUCAUUCGAAAUUUACGGGAUUGGGAAAUUGAACUCCGGUUUUUGGCUGGUAUACAUUAUUUUUGAACAUUUAUUAUACCCAUAAAAUGAGGAUUGGAAACUAUCGAACUUUACUUUUUAUCGGCUUAACAGCCAAGUUCUUUGAUUAAAAAAUGAAUUAUGUAAUGUUGUGCAAAUAGAUGACUGGUCAUUUUAGUCGUUUCUGAUGCAAGAAAAGGGCUAAUAUUCGCUUGCAAGGAGCCUGGCACUUAUAAAUUGGGAUUCUUGAGCCUUAAGGGAGGUAAAGGAAAUAUUGACCAUCAACUUUUUCGCUUACCUGUUAGACUUAAAAUAGCUUGCCCCUCAAUCUUUAAUUCUUAACCCCAUUUUCUCGUAUUUCAUUUACAACACUUUGCCAUCUCAUUACAGCCCUCUCUGCAAUUUGGAUCCGCCUCUUUGCACAGCUGCGGUUUUCCCGCACUUCUCUUGUCUCCCUCACCCCACCCCGAGUUCUCGCGCUAUUUUCGCAAAUUCUCGUUUUGCCGGAGGGGUUGGUCCCGCCAAACCCAUAGGGCAAAGAAUAAGCGCCCUGCUCUUUUUACCCUCGAGAGCGAGAACGAAAAAGAGACGGGGACAACACUUUGUGGAAGGGGAACGAGAGACCGUUUUUCGCCCAAAUUUUACACAAAACCCGACGAUUCGCAAGGGAUAUUCUGAGAUAUCGAGUUGAGUGUAAUAUGCCAAAAUUUGCGGUGUUUUUUUGCUCUAUAAUCUAAAAAAUUCAGGGGGUUUUGCUGCAAAUGACGCAUAUUACACAUAAUUAUUGGAGGUUUUUUCCUGGGCUUUCUUUUCUAAUAGUUCCCAAAUUUCAUUUCUCGAGCGUGUAUUUCUAAUUUUCUUCGUUCAGUUAUAUCUAAAAUAAGGCCACAUCAUACGCUAAUUAUCGCUUAUCUUCUACCAAUUUUCCGACUUAUUUUCAAAAGCCAAUUUUGUAAAGCAGUUCCUAUGGCCAAAAAUAGUGUCCAUUCCUUUUUCCGUACCCAGUUAUUAAUGGAGACUUUAUAGUCACACCUGACUUACUCUCCCCGUCCUGUAGCCAUAGAUACCGGCUCUUCUCGGACCUGAAAUAAACAUGGCUUGACGUAGUGGGCCGAGAUUUUCGCCCGUCGGAUAAAAGAGUUAAUCCCAUUUUUUAUAAUUUCAAGAUUAAUGUUUAGUACAAUUUAAAAUUACUUCUUUGCGAAAACGUAAACAUUUCCAGUCGUCUUGAGGACUUUUAUAUUACUUUGUUCGUUGUAAUUAGUUUUAUUUUACAAUUCUCAUAUAAUUUUUUGUUCCAGAUCGCCACCAACAGAUCUCAAACCUCUGGCCGUCGAGUGCAACGUAAAAAAGCUUCUCUUCUUGGAUUAGUCUCGUGGAAACCACCCCUUUUCCACUGCCAUAUUCAAAUAAGGGCUUUUAAAUUUUCGGACCGAAUUCGAUUAGCCCUAAGGAAACGGAGGAAAUGCUCAUUUGUUAAGCGGAAAACAAUCCAAAAGAAUUCGAAAUUACUGAAAAAAGUGAGUUUUCGGCUAAUAAUAAUAUAAACUAUUGUUUAAUCCUCUAUUACCUACAUUUAACUGAAUUUUCUCAUGGAUAACCUAAACUAGUCUUUUUUAAUUUUUUUUUCUAUUUUCCAUUCUUCCUUCUUUUUCAAGAGUAAAGCAAACGAUGUAAACAACUUUUUAAAGUGUAAUAAUUUUAGAAUCAAAAUGCCUCCUUGCCCGAAAUCUCACCUUUCUUCGCUAAAUGGUACAGUAAGACCAACGACGAUCAAGAAAAAGUAUUCAGAAUUCGAGGAAUUGGCUUUUAGAACUGUUCAGGCGUAAGUUUAUCUCAAUAAACUAUCAUUACUUACUUCUUAACAAGAAAAUACUCAUGAUAUUGCUUUAGCCUCAAUCCCCAUCGAAAAAUCCAUCGGAAAGAUGUGAAAAUCGACCAAGUCAAGGAAGUGAUCCGCCGAGUUUACUACGGUGAAGCCAUUUGCCCUUUAGACCGACCAUUGCCGAGUCCUGGGAGCGUCUCUUCGACCGCAUCGACAUCAAGUUCAUCUACUUUGAGACAUGAAAGUUUGGAUGGAAGCGACAAUUCUCUCCGGAAAUCUGGUCGAAAAGCCUGUCCAAAAAGAGUUCUGUCACCGACUGACACUAGUGAACACAGCUAUGACAACUUAUCGGAAUUAAUCUUGAAAUCUCUGGACGAGCCCGAUUCUUUGGCAUCGUUUCGAAGAAUCAAAACGGAAUGUCGUAAAAGGGCCUGCAAAUUCCGAGGAACGGGUGUAAACGUAAGUGUGAAAGUUCGUGGAAUUAGUGUUUUAGAAUUCAAUCUAUGAAUUUGUCAACUCGGACACGCUUAAAAAUGAGAUUGACUCAAAUAUUUCAUCGGAAAAAAAUAUUCAACUAUGCGAAGUCAAUGCUCUUCUUGAAUUGUACAAAAUGGAACUGAAUUUGGAAGUGAUUGAUGACGUCAAGGUGAGUAUUUUUAUCCAAGAAUGUUAUAGGGCAAUUCCUUUUAGUUCCAAAAAAAUUUUUUCAGGUGAUUGCAAAACUGAGAUUUCUGAACGUCCUCACCAGCGACAGCUGUUUCAAAGAAUUUGUAAUGAACACGCUGGAUAAAGCGUAAGUUUACAGUAGUUAUUAACAUAUUUAUAUUCAAAUUAACCUCAUCUGCCACAAAUGUAAGCCUUCAAAAUUCUUGCUUACCAUUAUAUUGUGUUACUAAUUUUAUUACAAUCACAAAUCGAAAAUCAUUUUUUUUUUCGGAACGUGACAAAUGCCCCAGGGCAACUGCGAUACGGGCUCUUUCACGACACAAAAAAGUGUUGACUGCACCGUGCGAAAAGCGAAGGGGACAUACGGAAAGGAAAGCGGAGAUUCCUUUUCUGACCCCAAAUUUUGAUAUUUUUACUUUGAUAUCAAUGGGAAUUGCGGGGCGGAAUCGGGUUUGAUUUGCAUUUGUCCAGAGGGUUUGACCCGAGAGUUUAAAGAAACGUCUGUGAAUUUACUUAUAGAUUAGUUUUUGGAGCAAGAAAUUACGUUUCGGACUGUAAACUAAAUUAUACAGUAUUCUAGGCAGUAAUAUUGCUAUUGAAAUCAGUUUUGGAUAUUACUUUGCCUAUGACGCCCUAAGCUCAUCUUCUACUCGUAAAAUGUAGCCUCCGGUGUUCCCUGACCCACUCGCUUGCCCUGAGGGUCUAUCCCGAGAAACGCUGACUAAAAUUGCAUUUGACACUCUCCUUCUAUGAGCUCUUUCCUCCUCAUUAGAUAUUCCCUUGCUUGGGUCGGACGUCUCGCCGCUUCGGAAUUGGACUAAUUUCCACGUCGAGGAUGACGGGUUUUCUGGAUGAGGCCGGCCCCCAACCUCCCACUUUUCUUCUCUCGCCCGAACGCAUCGAAUGGCGGUUUGCGUGCAGUUUUGCGGCUCUAUUUUCCGUCGGAAAACGUCUCUUUUCCCGGCCCUCUUCUCUCAUCACAAAACUUUUCGUCGGAGCGAAAGCUUUGGGUUUAGGCGCAGAAAAAUGAGAUUUCCCUAUGCCCCAACAGGUUUAAACCAAAUUGCACUUAACAUAGCGGGUCUAUAACACAAUCUCCAAUCGAUAAAUUGUUAGAAUUCGCCCUCGGUUAUGCACUCCCAACCUUAUUUUAGCCUGUUUCGACUAGACUUUAUUUUUUUUCACCUUUUUAUGUCACCGUAUUCAAUUUUAAUCCUAAAUCUACAAUUCCAGAUUUGGGAAGACCCUUCCAGACCAACUACGCAGCAUUCGCGUGAGGUUUGGCAUUGACAUGCCCCCAAAUGAGUCCAUUUCCUUCAAGAAAUCACCCUCACCGCGUGAGAAUGUCAUCUUCAAGGACAGCCGGAUUCUGACCAAGGACCGAACCUCCAAAAGUCCGGUCAAGGAGGCCAUCUCAGACACUGAGAACGACGAAUUGAAUGGCGAUUUGGAACAGAAAGUUUGUGUGAAGGAGAAUCUGAGGAAAAGAACGAGGAAGUCCACCAGCAGCGAAAGUGUUGAGGAUGAAGUUGCGGAAAAGGCAACCCCCAGAUCUCCAAAACGGGUAAAACAAGACGUCGAAGAUGGUGUGGAAGUACAAACAAGACCUAAAAGACAUGUCGAAGAGAAAGAGAAGGCCAAGAAGAAGCCAGAACCAGUAAAAGUUGAGUCUAAAGGCAGCAUCGGUAAGAUUUUUGGAAUUUUUAUCCGAUUUUAGGUAAUGAUUAGAAGAUAGCUGCCAAAAAAUUAAAGCUAGAAGAUUCCACAAAGAUUAAUCGUUAUCCUUUUAGCUUCUCGACGGCAAACAAUGCGGCGUUUGUGCGUUAUCAGCCGUUCAACGGGCCUGAUUCAACCAACCGCCCGCAGAUCUUCGACUGCUUCUUUUAUCCAGAAACAACAGACCGAGAUGGUGACGCUAUCAAGGAAAAGGUACUCCAUUACCGACAUCUUCAAAGCCCCGGCUUUGCCGAAAGCCGAAACCCCCAAGAAAACGAACGUCCAAGUCAAAAACAAAGUAGAAGAAACAGUUGAAACGAAGAAACCGGCCAAGAAACAGACUAAAAAUGUAGGUGAACAAAGAGUUCGUAUUGUUUAGUGUGUUAUAAUGUGAUCUUUAUAGAUAUUGGAUCAGAAAACCUUGAGCCGCUAUGAAGAAAGAAUGACACAGGUGUUCGAAAAGUCCAAAAAUGUUACACAUAACGAGGUGAGUGCAAGAAACAUUAUCUUACAAUUAGACACAUUCUCAGACCAAUUCUAAUAGAAAGUUAAACAUCAUCGAUAUUUCAGGUAUUCUACGGUCGCUGUAACAUACGACAAGGCUUAUUCGAAGAGACAGAGUCGGAGAAUUCAACCUCCAAACAAAAGAAUCGCUCGGGUCGAUCGACCAAAGCUCACCUGGCCGAUUGUCUUUAUUUCGCGCACACUCUCCUGAACGUGCAUAACCCCGACCCUUUGGCUUCCGGCUUGCCUAAAGCCAUUCGAUGUCCAUCAAACCCGAAAAUCGUCAAAAUCAAGAAGUUGGUCCGCCAUGCCAGCAGGUCUCGUGUUCUGAAGUAUAACAAGUACUUACAAAGAUGUAAAUUACAACAAUUGGCACAAGAGGCAAGGGAAAAGGCCGAGUUUCAGUCCUAG